AUGAAUGAAGUACCAGAUACAGCCCAGCAUUAUAUUGAGUGUGACACAGAAUCCUGUAGGAACUUCUCUGAGUUUUAUUGCAAUACCUGUCACCAAAGAUUCUGUGAUCAAUGCAAACAGAGCCAUCUAGAGCAGAACAAAGAACAUGACAUUGUCCUCUAUCAUGAGAGAAAGAGAAAACUUCCAUCAGAGAAAUGCAGGAUCCACCCAACGCAAGAUAUAGAUGUUUACUGUAAAGUUUGCCAGGAUCCUCUUUGUUCUAAACGCUUUGACCAAGACCACAGUGAUCAUGAUAAAUGUGAUCUUGAAACAAUUUACAAUGACAUUUUACAGCAAUGUCAGAAGGAAAUAACUGAGAUCUGGAAAACAGUCAUUCCUAAAGCUAAAGAUAAAGUUGAAUCAAUGAGAAAUAAUGCCAUGAAAGAAAUUGCCAAGGUAAGAGAUUCCAUGACCAAGAGGGCAGAUGAACUCAAGAUGGCUGUUGACAGUGUACUAGCUGAUAAUAAUAAAAAACUGGAUGAUAUUGAGAACUCUGUACUAAAUGAUUUGGAGGAACAACAGAAAGAAACAGAGGGUUACAUAAAGUACAUGGAAAAAAUAACUGCAGACUAUGAGAGUAAAAUGCCUUCAAUAAAAAACACUAAACUCAUAAAGUUCCAAUUAGACUUUUCAUUGUCUACCCUUAAAAUGCCUAGCAAAUCUGAACCCAAACUGCCAACCUUUGCACUAGGUACACUAAAUGAAGAGGAAAUAGCAAAACAAUUUGGUAAAAUUGAAAUAGAUUUAUCUGAAACGUUUGAGCUUUCCUCUGUCACAAAAGUAAGUGAAAAAACUAUCAAGGGCAAAAAAUUGUCUCUGAGUCAUUUGUCUUUCUUACCUCCAAACAAACUGUGGACCAGUGGUGACUUCGGAAAUCUCUUUCAGUAUGAUAUGGAAGGAAAUGUUCUACAGGAAAUAUCGAACAGAAUGUUGUCUAUCCAGGGUUACCACACAGUCACCACAGAGGGAGAACUACUUUACAAUAAUAGCAGUAAAAACGCAGUAUAUAAAGUAACCAGUGACAUGUCCAUCAACAAACUUAUUGAGACAGGGAUCUGGCAGCCUGGAGCCAUCUACUCCUCUCCUAUCAAUGAACACAUAUUGGUCGGGAUGAAGAGAAAGAGAGAAUAUAAAAUAACCAGAUACAACAGAAAAGGAAGGAAGUUACAGGACAUACAGUGGGAUGAUAAAGGGCACAUUCUCUAUCAAAGUAUACUCUACAUCACUGAGAACAUCAAUGGUGACAUCUGUACAUCAAACUGGAACGCCGGUCAGGUUGUGGUGGUGACUGCAUCAGGAGAGUACCGGUUCUCUUACGCUGGUCAGGAGUCUCAGUCUGGAUUCCAUCCAUAUGGCAUCUGUACAAAUGUUCUGGGACACAUUUUGGUGUGUAAUAGCUAUUAUUCAUUAUUUGGGUCUAGUGUCCAUCUGCUGGACAUUAAUGGACAGUUCCUGACUCUCCUCCUCACAUCAGAUCGAUGUCCUUCAUUUCCCAGUGGUCUCUGUAUUGAUGAUCAACACAAUCUCUGGGUUGGGGGAUUGGACAGUUCUACUAUCCUUGUGUACAAGUAUUUGCAGAAAACAAAUUAA